AUGGUGUCCUCACUCCUGUCCAUCCCCAAUUCAUCUUUACGUGAAGCAUGCACCCGCACCCGCAACAACGCAUACUCCACUCGCGUGCAGCUUAAGGCUCUUGACCUUUCGCUGAGCGUUUCUUUGGACCGCCUGCCCUCUUCACGAGCGAACAAAGUAGAUGAACCACCAGUGUCGAAUUCUCUCAUGGCAGCGAUAAAAAGAUCGCAAGCGAAUCAAAGAAGGCAGCCUGAAAACUUCAGCUUCUAUCAGCAGCAGUAUUCAUCGUGUUCUUCUGUUCCGGUGGUGAAAGUUGAGCUACGGAACUUGAUUAUAUCAAUUCUUGAUGACCCUUUGGUGAGUAGAGUUUUCGGUGAGGCGGGGUUUCGGAGUUGUGAUAUAAAGAUAGCUACACUUAGGCCAGUAAACAAUUUUCAUGGCCACCAUCUGUUUGGUUAUUCUUCUAGGUACAAACGGCCACAACCACCUUUAUUUUUGUGUAAUUUCAACGCUAGUGACAGUACUAAUGAGAUAAGUAUGAGUAGUAAAGGUUUCAGCUUUCCUUUUAUGGGCGGUUAUCCUGGGGAAGAGAAUUCAAGGAGAAUUGGGGAGAUCAUGGUCAGGGAUAAGAAAAAGAAUCCGCUGCUAUUGGGGGUUUCAGCUAGUGAUGCUUUAAGGUGUUUCUUGGAAACUGUGCAAAAAAAGGUUGAAGGUGUUUUACCUGGGAGAUUAGUUCAAUUGAAUGCGAUUUGUGUUGAAGAUGAGGUAUUGAGGUAUGUGGUGGGUGAAGUGGGGAGACUGCUACAGAUUCAUGCAGGGAAAUUGUGGUUAAUUGGAGCAGCAACAACAUAUGAGAUUUACUACAAGUUUUUGAACAAAUAUCCCUCCAUUGAGAAGGAUUGGGACUUAGAAAUUUUGCCUAUUACUUCACUUGGAUUUUCUACUGAAGGGUCAUUCCCAAGAUCCAGCUUGAUGGAGUCUUUUGUUCCAUUGGGUGGGUUCUUUUCUACACCAUCUGAUAUGAAAAGCCCAUUGAGCAGCUCAUACCUCAAUGUAGUCCGCUGUCAUCUGUGCAACGAGAAGUGUGAACAAGAAGUGACUGCACUUUCAAAUGGAGUAUUUACUGAUUUGUCUGCGGAGAAAAAUCAAUCUAGUUUUCCUUCUUGGAUGCAGAUGACAGAACACAGCGCACUCAAUGGUGUAGCUCCGUUGAAGGUCAAAGAUGAUGGAAUGUUACUAAGUGCGAAAAUUGCCGGGGUGCAGAGGAAAUGGGAUGGUAUCUGUCAGAGCCAUCACUAUAAUCAACCUAUCCCCAAAAUAAACAGCCACCAAUUGGGUUUCCAAUUUCCAUGUGUUCCGGCUACUCAAGUUGCCGAGGAAAGGAAAGAGAAUGCCAGUAAUGACAGCAGCAACCAUACUUAUGCAUCAUCAACCGAAUGUGGAAGCAAGAAUAGAGUUUCUUUCUCGUCGACAGAUUUAGUACAGAGUUCUUCACUGAAAGCGUAUAGUCCAUUGGAUGUGCUUCCAAAGGCCAAGAAUCUGAAUAUUUUGUCUGGAUCUGGUGAAAAGCCUUCGGCAUUGGAAGAUGAGUCAUCUGGCCUCAAAAGGCCUUUAAAGUCUUCAAGUGCCAGCAUCAAUAAUGGUCACACAUCUCCCACUUCAAUAACCUCAGUGACUCGAGAUUUGAGUCUGCAUAUGCCUCCUCCUUCUACAGGCAGAGAACCAGAGAAACUGGUGGAUCAAUGUCUUGUGGAUUGUAUUCAAGAAUUUUCAGGCAGCUUGUCAACAGAUAAUCAUAGCGAUUUUAAUCCGAAAGAUCCCAAGAUGCUUUACAAAGCUCUAAUUGAAAGAGUUGGUCAGCGAGAAGAAGCUGUUCAGUUGGUUGUUGAAACAAUAGCUCAACGUCAAACAAAAAAUUCAAGCUGUCGUGGAGACUUGUGGUUUAAUUUCCAAGGACCCGAUAGGCUGGGUAAGAAAAGACUUGCUGUGGCUCUAUGUGAAAUAUUAUAUGGAAGCAUAGAAAGUCUUAUUUGUGUGGAUCUAAGUUUCCAGGAUGCGACAACCCAUACAGACACACUAUUCAAUCUCCAUGGAAUGAAUACGUAUGAUGUAAAAAUCCGAGGGAAAACCGUCAUUGAUUAUGUAGCAGAAAAUCUCAGCAAGAAACCAUCUGUUGUCUUCCUUGAAAAUAUUGAAAAGGCUGAUCCGGUCAUCCAAAAUAGAUUGUCUCAUGCUGUUAAUACUGGUAGAUUCUCAGACUUGCAAGGAAGGGAAGUAAAUGUAAGAAAUUCCAUCUUUCUGACAACUACAACGUUCAUGGAAGGUGGCCAAAGCUUAUCCAGUGGCCAGGAGACAACUAAAUACUCGGAGGGAAAUAUAUUGAGAGCAAAGGGUUGGCCAAUUCAGAUGUUGAUAGGAAUUGAUCUCAAUAAUGAUCUCACGUGCCAAAAUGCAAGUCAUUUAGAUGGCACAGAUAAAGGGUUCUCUAACCCGAUUUUUAUGAGCAAAAGAAAGCUUAUUGGUACCGAUGGAAGAACCAGCCCAUGGGGAGACUUGGAGAUGACAAAACGAGCUCACAAGGCAUCAAACUCCUUUCUGGACUUGAACCUUCCAGCUGAAGGAAGUGAAAUAUCGGACACUUUCCCUGCAGAAUCUGAUUGUUGUUCCAUCUCCGAAAACUCCAGGUCAUGGCUCGAGGACUUCAUUCAACAAAUUGAUAAAAUGGUAGUCUUCAAACCUUAUGAUUUUGAUGGACUUGCUGAUAAAAUACUCAAGGAUAUGAAAGAGUGUUUGUUCAAAGUUGUUGGCACAGACUGUUUGUUAGAGACAGAACCAGAGGUAAUCGAGCAACUUCUUGCAGCCACAUAUCUAAAAGGCUGUGGGAAAGUGGAGGAUUGGAUACAAAACGUUCUUAAGCAGGGAUUCAUAGAUGCUCGUAAGAAGUUCAGUCAUAAUGCUUGUUUUCUUGUGAAACUUGUCUCCUGCAAAGGCAUUGCACAGGAAGAAACACCACAAGUUCUCCUUCCUGCUAGAAUUAUAACGAACUAA